AUGCGGCCUGCUUCGCUGGGCUCAUGCCUGCGCGCCGCGGCCGCGGUCGCGCUUUGCGUGUGCACGGGCGUCGCCGUCGUCAGCGCGGCGGCGGAGGGCCUGCGGCCGCGUCGUCUGGAUUUUUGGAAUUCGGCGGUGCAGAUGGGCACGCAGUUUGUGAUGUAUCCGGAGAUGGAGAAGAUGUUGGAGCAGCAGUCGCUGGCUUUGAAGAACAUCUUGCGCGGGGCGGACACGCGCGACCUGAAGAUUCAAACCUACGUCCACCCCGAGAGCUGCAUGGUCGUUUUUGACACGAUUGCCGAUCAGGACAACGGCGACAACAUGAAUCUAGGGCUGAUUGACGCGAACUCGAUUGAAGUCGUCUUCAGCUACGGCGAGCACCAGGGGCAGCUGCGCUACACGGAGCGGCGCCAAGAAAGCAUGCAGUUCCUCAAGUUCGCGACUAAGCACGUCCAGCGCUUCGAGGUCCCGCGCGGCUGCGUGGGCACCGCCAACGCGCACUAG